AUGUCCACCAUCACCCAGGCCCACCCGCCACUCACCAGAAAGAACCUCGAGGUGUCGUCACACCAGCCAUCCGCCAUACCGCCACAUACCCCACCAUUUGCAAACCCCAUCAACAAGAAGUUGUACAACUCGUCGUUGUUGGCCCAGUUUGCCAUCUCGUCCACCGACUCCCUCGACACCACCAGCUCCACGUCCACCAUCAAGCUCAACUCCACCGCGUCCUCGCCCUCGUUGCCCCACUUUUUCCAGGCGGUAGACCCUGUGGACGUUCCCGAGCCCCUCGCGGUGCCUCCGCCCUUGCUUCGCAAGAAGUCGGGUGAGUUGGUCAAGAGCUCGCUCAAAAUCUCCUCGCUUCUCCAGAAGUCCAUGUCCACAUCUAACCUCCCCUCCAGCAAGUCGGUACGCUUCGCCAGCAGAUUGGCCAACAUCAAGCACUUUGAUGGCUUAGAUAGCCCCAGUGCCGUGUCGUCUGCCCAGACCACUCCUUUACACUCGCCUCCUGCGCCUGAUGGGUUCAGCGAUGACGAAGAGGAUGACGACGACGACGACUUUGAUUUCGACUUCUCCAAAAAGAAACUGCCUAUUAAGUUGGUCAGAAAGAAGAAAUCGUCCCAGAAGUCUGACUACUUCCAAUGGAAUUGGAACGGCGAGUUUUCUUCCCACAAGAACACUUCAGCUUCUGACACAUCUUCCGAUGAUGAAUUGAACUAUUGGUACUCGGCUUCUGGUCCCAGCAACCCAAGUUCCAGCUCUGGUUCCGCCAAAUCGAGAAAGUACAAGAUCGAAUCAUCCAACGUGCAGACUCACCCUCAGCCCGGUGCACCCGUCAUUCUUAACUCGGUUAAGUUACUAGACAUCGACAAUACCACCUACCUUUAUGGAUUAAUCAAUGUUCAGAAUCUCGCAUUCGAGAAGCAUCUUUCCAUUAAGUUGACUUUGAACAACUGGCAAACCAACUUGAACUUUUCUCAUAAGAUCAUUUCUUACCUUAAAUCUUUCCAACACUCCAACGUUGAUCAAUUUCAGUUCAAGAUUCCUUUAUCUGAUUUAAUCAGUCACAACAAUCAAUCCAACAAUAUAAAAAUGUGUAUCAAAUACACUGCAAACCAUCAAACUUAUUGGGACAACAACAAUGGCAAGAAUUAUACUAUUGUGUUAAAGGCAAGUGAUAGUAUCAGGACAUACAAUUACUCCAAAUCUUCCAAGAAAGCUUCUUCAUCGGAGGUGGACGACUCAUUCCCUCAAUACGACGAAUUGGUCACCAAGUUGAUCAACUUCCAGAAUUCAUCAUCAGACGUGGGAACUUUCCGUGACUGUUCUAAAUCUGACACCGACUCUUAUGGAAGUGCAAAGAAGAAUUUUGAUGACGACUACGUUUUAGCAAAACCUAUUGUUUCUCCAAAGAAGUCGGCUUACUCACGUUACAAUCUGAUGAGCGAAGAGUUGGAUGACUUGUCAAAAUCGGGCAUUCAUACCCCAGUGGUUCCUAUUAAGUUCAGUGAGGCUAAUGGCCCUCAAAGAGCUGUCAGACCACCAUUGAUGAAGCAUUCAUUUUCAGCCUCUGAUGUCUUGGCUAGACCCACUCAAAAGUACUCAAAAUCAUACCGGUCGAAGCAACAACCACAAUCACAACCACUUCCACAACCAUCUAUUCCUCAACCUGAAAAAAAGGAAACACUCAAGUUUGAUUCUCUUUCUUAUACUGACUUGUUGGCAAAUUACUGUUUCUCUGGUGGAGUAAAUGAAAGUAAUGCCAUCAAGCAACAAGUAUCCUCUAGUGUCCCAUCGAGUCCAAACGACCGUAAUGUUGGACUUAAAAAUGAAAAUGUUUUUGGUUUAGCAUUUGCAUCAUCAUGUUCCCCCGCUUCUACAUUCCAUUCUUUUAGUGAUUCAAUCCAUAUCUAG